ACGUGGCAUUCGCUGGGGAAAGGUCACAGAAGAAGAUUUGAACUCUUGUCACAAGGCAGUGUUGAUUAAGCGCAUCUUUUCUUUGCAGGGGAAGUGUGAUGAAUACCAGAAACAGCUGAAAAAAAUGAAACGUGCACACAAAUACCAGCUGGUCAAGUCUAACAAGCGCAAUGAUGUUGAGAUGUGCAAGCUUGAUGAUGAUGAUGACAGGGCUCUUCAAAUUUCAACUGGGAAGGUUCGACUUACUAAGACUGGGUUUGUAGCAUUGGGCAUUCGGAAAGCUUUGGCAUUGUCGUCGGCCGUGGCAUUUCCUUUGGCGAUCUUGUUUGAUGUAUCAAGACAAACCGUUUGCCGUGCUGAGACAUCUGUUUGGGCCAUGCUUGUGAUGCGGUCAGCCGCGUUCCACAAAAUCAUCAGUGAUGUGUUGAAUCGAAUUUCAGUUUUCUUGGCUAACAAAGAUCAAGCAACUGUCAGCCCAUCAUUGGCACUCACCGAUGUUGACUAUGCAGUGGUUGCUGCUCACGAUUUGGGAGUCCCAGUUCCACACUCAACAGAUGAAAUUGCAUUGGCUGAUGCGCCUUUCUUUUUAGGCGGUGCAGAAGAAUUCCUGCUUGAAGCGCCUGAGCACGUGCUUACUGCAUUCUUGGCCACUUUUGCGACUCAGGAAUACAAUGAUCAGCAAGGGCGUGGGCAGGGCGGCGAUGAUCCAUUACGGGAUGCUGAUGAUAUGGAUGAUGAUGAGGAUGAACUUGGGGGUAACGAUGACCAAGAGGCAUAUCGCAUUCAAGUGAGCAAAUGGGUGAAGGGUUCCCUUGAGGUACUGAAAGAUCCGCUGUUCUGGUAUGCAGUGCAUGUGUCAUAUCACACCAAAGGGCCCGUGCGACAUUUUUUCAACAUACUUUCGAAAUAUUCGGCAUGGCAUUCAUCUAGCGCGUUCAAGACACCCACACCUGCCAAUUCAAUCCCUGUGGUGGAGCUUGUGGUCAGACGAAUUUGGGAAAUUGAUGCGGAGUUCAGGGCUUUGUGUGAUUCAUAUGACUCUUGGAGUUCCGACAUCAUCCGGAAAGUGUCGGGAAUGCGGAUUUGGGGCGAUCACGGUGACACUCUCAACACAAACGUCUUGAAAUCCAUUGCGCUGUCCACGGCAUUGCGGAACUAUGCUGGUUUUCGUCGUCGGGUGGUCGAGCUUUUUGACAGGUGGCCAUGGAAGCUGUUCUUCUUGAUCAAGGCUAAUCCUGGAUCACCUUGCGCAGUGCAACGAGGAAUUGCUUCGGAGCUCUUGGACUGCGCCACUGAUCUGCUCGAGAUGAACGCUCGUAAGUUCCGGAGCUGUUGCCAAGAGGAGCUGGAAAUCAUAUCGGUUACCGGCAUUACGUCGCUUGCAAUCAUCGCCUCCUUGUGCACCAUUGCAACUGAUCGCAAAAAUCGUGGUGAACCGAUGUUGGGCAUAUCUGUUCAAGAAAUGAACAUGAAGUUGACGCUUCAAGAUGGGUCCAUAAUCGAUCCAGUGGGUCCACCUAGUGAAGUGUGCAAAUUGAGAGCACGAUAUGCACACAAACCAAAACCAAAACAAAACAACAAGGAUGAUGCGAUUGAUGAUGAGGAUGACACUUCAGAGGAUGAUGGCAAUGUCAAUACUGGCCAGAGUUCUGAUAUGUCGGAUGGUGAUGAUUCGGCUUCAGAUGAAGAUAUUGUUUCCAAACAAUGUCGAGAGAAAGAACGUGAUGCCCAAGUCAUGAAACUGCUCUUCAGUGAUGACGACAAUGAAAUUGACGAUGCAUCUUCAGUCAACGAUGCAGGGUCUGACUUUGAUAACAAUGACUUCGAUCAGUUGUCACAGUUAAAUGUGUCCAUGGCAGCAAGUGCCGCAAACAGGACCGCGCAGGUGUCCGAGAUUGGAAUCACUGAGGCCGCCGAUGCUUUGCAGGAUCAGUGCGAUUCUGCGAAAAAAACGGAUUCUACGGCUUUUAUGUCGGAUGCUGAUCAGCAACAAGAGGCCAUUCUUCAACAGAUAUUGUUGGGACAGUCGGGGCAUGGUCCUGGUUGUAAUGGUAAUUCUCAUGGUGAUUGCAAACCACAUGACAAAAGCUAUGAUCCUACCAUUGGGGAAGCUGAAAGGUUUCGAUUUGAACAAUCGGUGGCAGAACCCAUGGCCAAUGCAUUUGUGGACCAUUGGAAAAUCAAUGUUCGGCAAAUUUGUGAAGCUUUGACUUUCCGUGAACAGGGCAAGGACAAACCACGUGGUGACAACGGUGAGAUGUCUUUGGUUUUGGAAGUCAAAGAUGAAACGGCAACUGUCAAAUUUGUCCAGGGUUUCCAUUGGUAUGUUGCCACGUAUGUUGCUGGCACCAGCACCGAUGCUUGCUGGCGCGAACGGCCCGAACGACUCAUCGGAUGA